UGCCUAGUCGGGGUGCGAGCCCUCAGUAGGUGCUCAGCCACUGGUUAUUGGAUGGGCUGUCCCCACAUGGGGGGGGGGGGGGAGGCGGGAUGGAUAAUUAUUGAAACAAACAACAACACACAAACAAGGGCAACAACCUGUAGGUCUCACGUGACCACCAGGUGACCCUUCGCUAUCCAUCCCCCCCAUCCCGGGCCCCGAGCGAAGGAGGAGUACCCUUCGGCUCCCUUCACGGACGUUCCCCGUCCAGCUCGGGUUCUGCGCUCCGUCCUCCCAGCCACAAGGUGCCCCCAGACCCCCGGCUCCUCUUCCGCCGCCGCCAGAUCCUCGUCCUCUCUCCCUCUUUCCGCCGCUUCCUGCUCCGACGAUCCGCGCUCCGAGCUCUGGGGCCGAGGCGCCCGAGGCUUCCCGAUGCGCUCGGCUAGGAUGGCACUAGGUCUGUGUCCGCAGGUGCUGUGCAGCCUGGGGGGCUGGCUCUCGCUCUACAUUUCUUUCUGCCGCCUGAAUAAGCACCGAAGCUAUGAGUGGAACUGCCGGUUGGUUACUUUCACCCAUGGAGUCCUCUCCAUAGGCCUCUCAGCUUAUAUUGGCUUCGUUGAUGGCCCCUGGCCUUUUACCCACCCAGGCUCACCCAAUACACCUCUCCAAGUGCACGUACUGUGUCUCACCUUGGGCUACUUCAUCUUCGACUUGGGCUGGUGCGUCUAUUUCCAGUCUGAGGGGGCCCUGAUGCUGGCUCACCACACCCUGAGUAUUUUGGGCAUCAUCAUGGCCCUGGUGCUCGGAGAAUCAGGCACAGAGGUCAACGCGGUCCUCUUUGGAAGUGAGAUUACCAACCCCUUGCUACAGAUGCGCUGGUUUCUCCGAGAAACAGGGCACUACCACAGUUUCACUGGAGAUGUGGUGGACUUCCUCUUCGUGGCUCUGUUUACCGGAGUGAGGAUUGGCGUCGGAGCUCGCCUCCUUUUCUGUGAAAUGGUCUCCCCCAAGCCCAAGGGGUUUGUGAAGGUUGGGGGAGUGGCGAUGUAUGCCGUCUCUUGGUGUUUCAUGUUUAGCAUCUGGCGCUUUGCGUGGAAGAAAAGCAUCAAAAAGUACCACGCCUGGAGAAGCAGGCGGAGGGAGGAGCGGCAGCUGAAACGUCACGGACAUCUCAAAACGCGCUAGCCAAGGCUUCCUCCAGAUGCCGGAUCGGGUUAGUCAGCCACAGGACCCAGGUUGGAGAUCACGGCUGUUCUAGAAUCAGGCUCAUAACACACUUAGGUUUCAAGAAAGGGCUAAACGUAUCAGGCAGUGUGGUCAGUCUUUGAGGGGAGCCCAUACCAGUAUUAAAACACUCAUGCCUACCGUGGCGCAGGUGUAGAAAGUGAGACUACUCAGUGGUAGUUGUGAAUGAGUCAGAGCUGUGAGGUGGGGGUGGGCACAGCUGCCUUCCUUUUUGUUCGUGGUGUCCCCGGGUCCUCUUGUCUCUGGGAUGCUUGAUGGUUAGACCGCUCAGGAAGGAAUUUGAGAAUUUCUUUGAGAAUUGACUCCUUGAACAAACCCUUGUUCCUGCGUUCCGUGUAGCAAUUUAAAUAAAGUCACCCCAUUUACUCUAAAGUGAGGGACUUCCGGGAAGAUGCACGUCUGGCAUUAUGAGCCUUGGGUCAGGGAAGGGGCUGUGCUUAAACAAAGGGAAAGGAUGAGAGAAGUGACCCGAAACCAACUGUCGAGGGGCCCCGAGACACCCCCAGGUUUGGUGCUUUGCUGAGGGGACUCACAUGACUCAGAAUGUAGUGCAACUCCUCGCUGUGAUCAAUUACAGGGAAAGGAUUCAAGGGAAGAGCAGUGAAGGGAAAAGGUGUUUGGGCAGAGUCCAGGGGAAACCGGGCCCGAGCUUCCAGAGUCCUCUCCCAGCGGGAUCCCUGAGGAUGCACUGAUUUCCUCU